AUGUUGCAAAAUAGGUUCCUCUGCGCGGGCAACACAGUCGUCAUAACACGUGUUUUGAUUACCGUGUUUGUUUACAUUUUCCUCCCAGUUUUUGUGAAUUUUCUCUUGCAUUUCCAAAAGAAAGCAUUAAGAAAUAUGAUUUCCAGAAACUCCAAGCAAGCGAGUUACACGGAGAGGAAUCGAGUUUACGUGGGAAGUCAAGUUGGAGCACUAAAAGCGUAUGAUCUCGUCUGCGAGCAUCCCUACAAGCCCACAAACCUACAAAAGGUGUCCGAUCUGGAACAAGGACAGGGAAUAACAACCAUGAGAUGGGGAAAUGAUGAGGAGUCUAAAAUUCUCAUAGGGAGGAAUGAUAGCGCUGUUCAGAUCUAUGAUUUGCACAGGAAUGCCUUUACAGUGGCCAGGAGAAUUCCCGAAGGAGCUGUCGUUGGUGUUUGUCGAGUCGGAGAAAAAUUCAUCGGAGCUUCCAGUCUCGGGAAAAUUCAUAUUUUGGGCGAUGAGGAGGAUGAAAUCCAGACACUUUCCACUGGAACAGACAUGACGAGGAUGCGACAGUGUCGAGAGAACCCCAAACUUCUAGCAACGGGUGGAAAAGAGAGAAAAAAUUGCCUGAAAGUGUGGAAUAUUGAGGAGGAAACACCGAUUUUCACCUCCAAAAACGUUCCCCACGACAGUCUUCAGCUGGAAGUGCCUGUUUGGGAUUCCGACAUCAAUUUCCUGGACAGCAAUACUCUGGUGACCUCGUCAAGAUACGGAUACAUCCGAACAUACGACAUCCGGAAGCAAAGACGCCCUGUUCUGCAAUUUGUGCCGAAAGAGGAGCACAUGAGCUUCUCUUGCAUGAACAUUCAUGCAAAUCUCAUUUAUGUGGGCUUAACGACUGGCGGAAUUCGUGCCUUUGACAGCAGAAGCCUUAAGUUUCCUGUGCACACUUACAAAGGCUCAAUUGGGAGUAUAACUGACUUGACAUUGGACAAGACUGGGAAGUUCUUGUGCUCAACCUCGCUGGAGCGUUACGUGAGGAUUCACUCGACAAUCAACAAUGUAAUCUUGUACCAAUGCUACGUGAAGACGAAACCAUCGCAAGUGCUUCUGAAGACUGCUGAGAAGUCCGCAAACGAGGAGGAAAGCAACGAGAAACACACUGAAGACAGCGACGAUGAGGAAGAUUUGAUUGUCGACGAGGAUUUCACGAAUGACAAAUUGCUGAAGAGACUCAAGAGGAAAAGAAAGUUCUCCAGUUAA